AGGGCGGCGGCGGGUGGCAGAGAGAAGGAUGGCGGCGGACAGCGGGCGGGGGAGAGAAGGGCGGCAGUGGGCAGCGGAGAGAAAGGCAAUGGCGGGCAGCAGAGAGAAAGGAGCAGCCAGAGCCUCUUCCGCCUUGCGAGCCCCCUAGUGGAGAAACUUCCCUGCUGGUUCACUUCCGGGUAUGCAUUUGAAAGGAACUUCCUGGUUCUUGGGCUUCUGCUUUUUUCUUAUGUCUGCGGUUCCUGUCUCGAUACCGUUACCGGGGGUGGAGCCAAGCAGACCAGCUCGGAGCGGGUGAUGAUGGCGUCGGUGGGGAUGCAGUUGAAGCCGCCCGGAGAAGAGCUGCAUGCUCUGGCCGCGCGGCUGGGCUGCCUACAGAAAGAACAGGCCGCGGCGCUCCCCGGUUGCUUGGCAACCAUAAGGCAGAUGACGGGCCUUUUCCGGGACGCAGCGCACAGAGAAACAGCAAAUGAAGGCACAUUCCAAAAUCUGCUGCAAAUUUUGAAAAAAACUUCUCAUGAAAUUGAUGUGGCUUGCAAGGACAUGACUACGCUGGCACAUCUGGAUUCUUGUUUGCUGUUGCUAUCAGAAUGUUUCAGAUGCCUUCGGAAUGCCUGUGUUGAGUGUGCCAAUAAUCAGAACAUUAUGAGGAAUUUGGGUUUGAUUGAUGCAUCUGUCCACCUGAUCCAGUUGCUUCAGAAAUCAGAAACUGAUCUGGAAUCAUCAUUGACAGCCUUUCGUUGUAGUCUUCAGUUUCUUGGGAACAUUGCAACAGGAAACAGAGAUUCCCAGAAUAGGAUUUGGAAUCUUGUUUUCCCUUCUAUUUUCCUGAAUUGCUUAAAUCAUCACGAUGAGAAAAUUGUUUCCUAUUGCUGUAUGGUUCUUUUCACUUGCCUUAACCCUGAGAGAAUGAAAGAACUACAGGAAGAAAACAAUUUAAAGACUGUCCUUGCUGUUCUGCAAGCCUCCAGAAGAUAUCCAGAAUCCGAAUGGGUGUUCUUGAUUGUUACCAACCAUUUGCUGAAAUACCCAGAGUUGGUCAAAGCUGUGUAUACCAAACUGAGCAAUCAAGAAAGGAUUAUGUUGUUACAACUGAUAUUGUCAGAAGUAAGUGACAAAAGUUCAGUUAUUGGCGAGGAAAUAAGCAAAUUCCUUGCAAGCUGUUUUGAGGAGAAGUGCCAAGCUGUCCUCAGGUUGGCUUCUGCAGGAAAUCAUGAAGACGAGGAAGCACUAGUCACAGUUCAGCUUCUUGAUGUACUUUGUGAAAUAACAUCAAAUAAUGGACAACUGGAAUAUUUGCAGAAUUGCCCUGAUUUGCUUGAGGUGGCUGUCACUACUUUAAAGCUUACACAUGUUGCUGGGAAGCAGGCCACAAACAUCUUCAGUGUAAUUCAUUUUGCAACAGGGAAUGAACAGAUCUCUCAUCCAGCUGUGGGCUUUAAAUCACAUCUGAUUCGUUUGAUUGGAAACCUAUGUUACAAGAAUAAGGCAAACCAAGAUAAGGUUUAUGAGUUAGAUGGCAUCCCGCUGAUCCUGGAUAACUGCAGCAUUGAUGACAAUAAUCCUUUUGUAAGCCAGUGGGCAGUGUACACGAUCCGGAACCUCACUGAACACAAUGAAAGAAACCAAGAGCUUAUUGCACAGAUGGAGCAGCAGGGACUGGCUGACAAUGCUGUCCUUGAGAGCAUGGGACUGAAAGUUGAGAAGCAAGAUCAGAAACUAAUUUUGAGAUCUGUCAGAAAGACACCAAAUCUAUAACCAGCUAAAGUAGGAAGGAUCAUUGCCUACUAUAAAGGAAGGUAUCUUGCUAUGAACAUGAUACAGCUGUUACUGUUAAUAAAAUUCUUGAAAAGUAUUGGAAUUUGAAUUUCCCUUCAACAAAAGAAAUAAGAAUAAUUAUAUCUUUAGAUAAUUAUGUAUUAGACUGACUACCUAAAUAAAUACCAAGUAAACUGCAAAUCCCAAAUUGUGGAUAUUUUGCUUUCAAGGUAAUUUUUCAACCCUUGUUCUCCAUUACUGAAAAAUGUAGUGUAUCCACCGAACUGACUUGCAGCUACAGAUUCUGGAUAAUCACCCAAAGCAAUAUGAAUGACCCACACUUGCCCCACAUUUUGUAUCAAAUGGUGGGCGAUGUGCAUGUCUUUCAUGCAAAAUGGGUUAUCCAUUCUGGGAGCAUAAUGACUCCUUUGCAAAAACCUAGAAGCAUUGAGUCACUCAUGCUCAUCACCACUUUAGGUGAACAUCAGAAGCCACUUUCUGAGGAAUGACUGAAAAUUGCCCUAAUAUCGCCUAAUCAUUAGAACAAUCUGCUCAGAAUUUUUGCUUGCUCCUUAUUUGACAGAUACUAAUUUACCAUUGUAAAAACAGUCAAAUAAAUUGAAUUGCAACAUGCAUAACACAGCCUUUUCCACAAUUUAUCCUUUACAUAAUGAAUUAUAAUUAAUGCCAAAACUGUUGUUGCAGCAGGUGUUAGGUUUGUCUGCUCUAGGGCAUGUCUCUACAGAACUGGAUGUUUGUUUGAAUUUUAUUUGUUCCCUUGGUAAGUCAGCCCACUUCCCCUUUUAUUAUUUUUUCGCUUCUCAUGGACUUUUCUGAACUCUGGAAGUCUUAAAAGGUAGUUUCUCACUGUGAUUAAUUCUAGCAGUUUCUUUUCACCCCCACUCUCCAACCCGUCUUUCCACAACAUUGACAAAACUCAUUUCCAGUUAAUUAAUUCAAGAGAGGCUGAAGAAUAGAAAGCUCUGCCUCUCUGUUUUGGGUACCAUUCUGUAUUGUUGUUGAACACUGUGGAAUGUGUCAUGAAUGAGAUGGGUGUGAGAGACAGUGGCCAACUAACUCCACAUGACUCAAUCUAGUUGCCUUAGAUACUAAAAUACAUGUAUUCUUGAUUUUCUUAUAUGCACCAUUCAGUUUCCAAAGUAUGGGCAUAUUAUGCCCCCAAAAUGGUCUUACUUAAGAAGAAUUGGUUAUUAACUAUUCCAUUUUUAAAGGAAAUGGAAAAUUAUGCUUGAUUUAGAAUAAUCAAAUGCUUAAUUGCAAAAUAUUAAAAUAGACUUCCAUUAUUCAUUAAAAUAGAAAAGAAUUAUAGUUUGUGGAACACAAACGCAUCAAAUUCUUAUUAUUAUUUUAGACUACUUAAUGGAAAACAUAAGGAAGCUGAGUUUAGCUAUUUGUCUUAGAAGGUACAGAUGAAAUGAUGUGCCCAGAAAGCAGUCUUAACUGCUCUUUCACCUAAGCUCUUUUGCAAUGUAUUGUGUUCAGAUGUUCUAAAAUCUCCAUGCCCAGCAUCUCUUUUAGCAUGGAAGGAUGUUUAAUUCGGCAUGGCCACAUUAAUAGGAACCGCUUCCUAGAAAUGUGAGCAUUUUUUAAAAAGGUAGGUUGCUGCAUAUCAAGCACUUCAUUCAACCCUACUACUAUUAAUUUAUAUAUUGCUUUUCAGCAAAAAGUUCUCAGAGCAGUUUACAUAGAAAAACAUAAUAAGAAGAUGGCUCCUGUCCCCACAGGGGCUCACAGUCUAAAAAGAAACACAAAGGUAGACAUUGCAACAGCCACUGGAGGGAUACUGUGCAGGAGUUGAAUAGGGUCAGUUGCUUUAUCUCUACUUAAUAUAAAGGAAAUUUUUAUAUUAAGCAGAGGGAUCUUUAUACUUUGCAAAGGGCAAAGAGACACUUUGGAAGGUGCCUCUUUGCGCAUUUAACAAGAAAAUAGCCUGUGUGGUGUAGUCAUUAGUGUGCUGGACAAGGACUGGGAAGACUGAAGCUCCAAUCCCCAUUCAGCUGUAAAACUCACUGGGUAAUCCUAAACCAGUCACUAUCUCUUAGCCUAACCUACUUCACAGAGUUGUUGUGGUGAUAAGCAUAACCAUGUAUCCCUCUCUGGGAUCCUUGGAAGAAGAGCGGGAUAUAAAUAAAUAAAUGAGAUCUUACUGGAAUUGUAUCUUCCCUAGAUGCAAGUAUCUAUCACCUUAUUAGAGCUAUGUGCACUAAUGAGGAAAUGGAUUUGCAAGUAAUCUGUAUUUAAAUUGAAGGAACUUCAUGUUUGAUGUGUAAGGGCCAAACAAGAUGUGACUUCAAUGACUUCAACUGACCCCGGUGUGGUUGCUUUUUCUGGUGUAAAUAGUAAGCAUGAGAGGCUCUUAUUUGGAUUGGAAUAGUGGCAGUAACCUAUCACCCACUGCAGUCCUGAUGCAUAUCAUCCCUCCACACACAGACACACACAUACUAGUGGCCUAGGCAGGGAGAAAUUUCCCAUUUGAGCCAGUGUAAGCUCCCCCCCCCCCAAGACAAAAUAGCAUGCAUGGGGUGGCCAGUCCAGAUUGGGACCAUGAAUAAUUACUCCAACUCUCAUCCCAGCCCUGACCUCACUCCCACCCCGCAUAUGUUAUUUUACACCUUUUUUUUAAAAAAAAAGUAAGCUUAUCAGGGCCAAUGACUUCAUUAAGGCUGUGGCUAGUUUGGCCUUUAGUUACAGGAAAAAGACAAUUUAUGGUAUAAAAGUAUAAAAUUGCUCCAAUUAUGCAGGAAAUUUGGUUUAACUGAAUAAACUUGAUUUUUCUUUUAA